GUAUAAAGAUGGUUCCUCUAUAUUAAUGGUGGGUGCGGUUUGAUGCUACCAAUUUUGAGGCUCUGGCAAAUUUGUGUUGCUGGUUUCUUGAAUACAGUAUGGUACAUUAGCUGUACCACAGCAUCCAAAGUCUCAGCUUCCCUGUCAACCAAUGAAAAUCGGACAUUUGUUCAGUGUGGACUGAUUGGCCAGGCGGACAGGGAGUGGGGAAACUGCGUUUAGCAGGGUGGUCAACUAUCAUUUAAAAUUUAGCAAGCCACGUCAUGCGAGGGUCGAUGCUAUUCAGUGCACUGAUUGCACUAGCCAGUGCCGAACCAUCGCUGUAUUUUAAAGAGCAGUUUGAAGAUGGGGAUUCUUGGACUACCCGGUGGGUUGAAUCCAGCCAUAGGUCUGACUACGGGGAAUUUGUCCUGACACCUGGGAAAUUCUAUGGAGAUCCAGAGAAAGACAAAGGUCUCCAGACCAGCCAGGAUGCCCGCUUCUACUCUUCUUCUGCUCGAUUUGAGCCCUUCACCAACCAGGGCAAGACCCUGGUGAUCCAGUUCACUGUGAAGCACGAGCAGAACAUCGACUGUGGGGGAGGCUACAUCAAACUAUUCCCCGCUGACCUUGACCAGGCAGACAUGCAUGGAGACUCCAAAUACAACAUCAUGUUCGGUCCAGACAUCUGUGGCCCAGGCACCAAGAAAGUUCAUGUCAUUAUCAACUACAAGGGCAAGAAUCAUCUCAUCAACAAGGACGUCAGGUGCAAGGAUGAUGAGUACACUCAUCUGUACACUCUGAUCCUGAACCCUGACAACACGUACGAGGUGAAGAUUGACAACAAGAAAGUGGAGUCUGGAAGUCUGGAGGAGGACUGGGAUAUUCUGCCUCCUAAGAAGGUCAAGGACCCAGAGGCUGUGAAGCCAGACGACUGGGACGAGAGGGAGAGGGUGGAGGACCCCGAGGAUAAGAAACCAGAGGACUGGGAUAGGCCAGAGAACAUUGCUGACCCUGACGCUAAGAAGCCUGAGGAUUGGGACAAUGAGAUGGACGGUGAAUGGGAGCCACCCAUGGUCUCCAACCCUGACUAUAAGGGCGAAUGGAAACCCCGCAAGAUUGACAACCCUGACUACAAGGGCAAAUGGGUGCAUCCUGAGAUUGACAAUCCAGAAUACAGCGCAGACUCUGAAAUAUACAGAUUCGACAGCAUCGGCGUCAUUGGCCUGGACCUGUGGCAGGUCAAAUCUGGGACCAUCUUCGAUAACUUCCUGAUCACAGACGACGCUACGCUGGCAGAAGAGGUUGGCAAUGAGACCUGGGGUCAGACUAAGGAUCCAGAGAAAAAGAUGAAGGUGUCCCAGGAGGAACAGGAGAGGAAGAAACUAGAGGCGGAAGAGAUGGGGAGGAAAGAGCAGACAAAAGACGAGCCUGAAGAUGAGGAGGAAGAAGAGAAGGAGGAAGAGUUAGAGGACCUUGAAGAAGAAGAAGAGACUGGAGCAGAGGAAGAAGAGGAGGAAACAGACUCUAUAAAGGAUGAACUUUAGAGGACUGACUUUCUCAUUGGGGUGAAUCUUCUGUUGAGCCUGGGGAGGGAUUAUGCGUCAUUUCGCUUUACCAUCCAGUCAGUCAGGCCUCAAAGUAAUGUUGAGAGAAGGGGCGGCGAAGAAGUCAUUUAGAUUUUACUGCAAAAUCUGUGACAUUUUUUAUUUUAUGUUUUUUAUUUAAUUUAUUAGAUUUUGACUCACUGGUUUACCACCUUAUUAAUUAAGGCAGUAAACCAGUGUGUCAAAACGAACCUAUUUCUUGUAAGUAUGCAUUUAAUUGUCUGUUUCUCCACCAAAUAUCACAGAUGAAGUCUAAUUGAUUGAAGCUUGUGUGUUUUUGUUUUCUUAAUUCACAUUGAGUGAAUAUGUACUCCAUGUAAAUCCUACUCAACCUUGACAUGCAUAGCGAUAGUUUCCCAUUCAUUCAAUGUCCAUUUGCUAACUAAAUGCAGUCACAUACUGACAUACUAUUAGGUAGAAGUAGCAUCUAUAACCUCACCUAGGCCAAAUUCAUUCCCCAACCUCUAAUUCCAUUGACAUUCAGCCAUGAACUACUGUAGCCAAGUCAGACGUUUACUCCAUUGUGAGUUUUCACUGUUGUAUUUUGUCUUGCACAGUAACGUCAUACUUCCUAAUGUAGCCUAUUGCAUUUGUUCCCCCUUAUUGUUUUUGUAGAUAUUUGUAACCUUAUUUGGGAAAUUAUGACGAUUACAGAUAUUGUUGUGCAAAAAUACUGUACAGUAGUAAAAAAAAAAAAAAAAGAGGGUUGUUUGGAUUUUACAUGUGUAAAGUGUUCCCUUUGUUACAAAUCAUCACCAUAG